AUGGUGUAUCAUUCCUUUAAGAAGAAGAAGAAGAAGAAGAAGAAGAAGAAGAAGAAGAAGAAGAAGAAGAAGAAGAAGAAGAAGAAGAAGAAGAAGAAGAAGAAGAAGAAGAAGAAGAAGAAGAAGAAGAAGAAGAAGAAGAAGAAGAAGAAGAAGAAGAAGAAGAAGAAGAAGAAGAAGAAGAAGAAGAAGAAGAAGAAGAAGAAGAAGAAGAAGAAGAAGAAGAAGAAGAAGAAGAAGAAGAAGAAGAAGAAGAAGAAGAAGAAGAAGAAGAAGAAGAAGAAGAAGAAGAAGAAGAAGAAGAAGAAGAAGAAGAAGAAGAAGAAGAAGAAACUAUGA